CGUUCGCUAGUUUUCCUGCGGCCGCUGGGGUUAGCGGGCCUGCUGGUGUCGCGGCGUGUCCGGGGAGUUUAUUUCAUUGAGUAGCCGUCCGGCUUGCCCCCGGCAGCAUGCUGUCCCUGCGGCGCGCCCUGUACUCUGUGCGGCUCCAUGUCGGGACAGUCGCACCGCAGCGCGCAGUCAGCACCGGCUGGUCUCCGGUGGGGGCCGCUUUCAAUGUCAAGCAGCAGCGGAGGCUGGACGUGUUUAGCAAGAACUCGGGUCUUUUUGGCGUUCCUGAGUUAAGUACCCCGGAGGGAUUUCAGAUAGUUCAGGAUAAUGCCCUGAAGAAUACAGAAUCCUUGGUGGAGAAAGUAUGUUCCACGCCGCCAGGUGCCGACACCGUCAGAUUAUUCGAUCGCCUGUCUGAUGAGCUCUGCAAGGUGGCCGACCUGGCUGAUUUUGUGAAAGCUGCCCAUCCGGACUCUUCAUUCAGAGAGGCUGCUGAAGAAGCGUGUAGAAACAUAGGUACCAUGGUGGAGAAGUUAAACACAAAUGUUGAAUUGUGUCAAAGUUUAAGGAAUCUUUUAGACAACAAAUCUGUUCUGGACAGUUUAGACCCAGAAACCAGACGAGUAGCGGAGCUGUUUUUGAUGGACUUUGAGAUCAGCGGCAUCCACCUUGAUAAGGAAAAGCGUCAUAAAGCAGUGAACCUCAACGUUGAAAUCUCUGAUUUAAGCAGUGACUUUCUAAUGGGAUCAAACCUCCCCAAUAGAAUUGACAGUCAGAUAAUCCCUGAACAUAUCCGCUCUCAGUUUGCAUGGGAUGGAAAAUACAUACAAAUCAAUGGUUUACACCCAGAUUCGCCAGAUGAUUUGGUACGAGAGGCGGCUUACAAGAUAUUUCUUUAUCCAAAUGCCAGACAGCUGAAAUGCUUGGAGGAACUACUUGCUAGCAGAAAUCAUUUAGCCCAACUCGUGGGGUACCCCACAUUUGCGCACAGGGCAUUAUUGGGGACCAUGGCAAAAACACCAGAGAAUGUGAUGAUGUUCCUUGAAAAUUUAUCCAGCAAAUUACGCGAACGUACCCUCAAAGACUUUGAAAUGAUGGCCGCGAUGAAGACAAAGCUGAAUCCGAUAAAUCCAGAUUUGAUGCCUUGGGAUCCUCCAUUCUAUGGUGGUGUUUCACGAGCAGAGAAGUAUAAUAUAGAGCCCAGUUUGUACUCUCCAUUUUUCUCUCUUGGUGCCUGCAUGGAAGGAUUAAACACCCUUUUUAACCAAAUUCUUGGCAUCUCCUUGUAUUCUGAAGAACCAGAGAAGGGGGAGGUUUGGCACGAAGAUGUCCGAAAGCUGGCCGUGGUUCAUGAAGAAGAAGGCUUGCUGGGAUACAUUUACUGUGACUUCUUCCACAGACCAGAAAAGCCUCCUCAGGACUGCCACUUCACAAUACGAGGCGGGCGGCUGAAGGAGGACGGAGAAUACCAGCUGCCUGUUGUUGUUCUUAUGCUGAAUUUUCCACGUUCAACCAAGAGUUCUCCGACACUUCUGACUCCGGGUAUGAUGGAAAACCUGUUCCAUGAAAUGGGCCAUGCCAUGCAUUCCAUGCUUGGACGGACACGCUAUCAACACGUCACUGGGACCAGAUGUGCCACCGAUUUUGCCGAAGUCCCCUCCAUCCUUAUGGAGUAUUUUGCCAGUGAUUAUCGUGUUGUGAACCAGUUUGCACGGCAUUACCAGACUGGACAGCCUCUGUCUAAACCAAUGGUGUCCAGACUGUGUGAGUCUAAAAAAGUCGGGGCAGCCUCUGACAUGCAACUUCAGGUAUUCUACUCAAUCCUGGAUCAGAUUUACCACGGAAAACAUCCCCUCGAAGGAUCAACAACCGAUAUUUUAAAGGAAACCCAAGAAAAGUAUUAUGGUUUACCAUAUGUUCCUCAAACAGCCUGGCAGCUGAGAUUUAGUCACCUUGCAGGUUAUGGGGCGAAAUACUACUCUUAUCUGAUGUCCAGAGCUGUGGCCUCUAUGGUGUGGAAGCAGUGCUUUAUGAAAAACCCUUUCGACAGGGUGAUGGGAGAGCGUUAUCGCAGGGAGAUGUUGGCCCACGGUGGUGGAAAAGAGCCAAUGCUGAUGGUUCAAGGAAUGCUUCAGAAGUGUCCCUCCGUGGAUGACUUUGUGGAUGCUCUCGUCUCUGAUCUGGAUCCAGACUUUGAAACGUUCCUCAUGGACUCGGAAUAACGUAUUGACACUGAAAGCUGACCCAAGUACAACAAGGCUGCCAGUACUGCUUAAGUGCUGUUAAAUAAAAAAUCUGUCGGUGGGGAAAUAUCAUGUUCCAACAAGUAAUGCAGAUUAGAACCUGUUCCUCUAAUGUAGGUUUUUACCAACCCUUAAGUAUUAAAUUAUGAUAAGGUUUGGAUGCUUCCUUAUGUGUUAUUUGUUAGGACUUUUUUACUCUGUAAAUGUCAGAAAAAGGCAUUAUGUUUGUAAUUAUUUGUAUUUUUAUGGUAAUGUUAGUGUGUUACUGCGCUGUACAAUAAUAAAAAAGAUUAACAUCAAA